AUGGAGGUGAUAACAAAUCCGGGCCUUGCCGAAAGAAUAAAAACAGAAGCUCCACAGCUAGCAUCCGUGCUGAGAGAAAUGAAGGAAGGCUUAGAUGUGGUUAGGAGCAAAGUGGAGACUCUCACUGCAAAGGUAAAAGCAAACAGUUAUCCAACAGUAGAUGGGAUGAGUUAUCUCGAGGCCAAGCAUCUGUUGCUUUUAAGUUAUUGCCAGUGUCUCGUAUAUUACCUGCUAAGGAAGGCAAAAGGUUUCUCCAUUGAUGGCCAUCCUGUUGUAAGAAGCCUUGUAGAGAUACGAAUGUUUCUAGAAAAGAUUCGUCCCAUAGACAAAAAACUUCAGUACCAAAUUCAGAAGCUCACCACAGCCGGUGGGUCAGGAGCUGAGCAAGCUCUUUCCGAGGGAAAAGAAUCUGCUGCGUCCCAAAAAACUGAAGAUCUUUCAAACUUGAAGCCGAAACCAGACUUACUUGCUCCCAGAAAUGAGGAUGAACAAGAUGAUAAUAUAUAUCAUCCCCGGAAGUUUGCUCCCAUGGCAAUGGAUGAUAAGACGUCAAAACAAGAAAGAGAUGCUGCGAGAAAAGAGAAACACUUUUUGAGGCAAGCCACUGGAGAUUCGUACAUGAAAGAUGUGUUGGACGAUCUUGAGGACAGGCCUGAAGAGGUCAGAGAGUUCUUUGGGGAGAGCAGGGAACAGAGUAAGUACAUGGCACAGCGUGAAAGGCAAGAAAAGGUAGAAGAAGAUCUCUUUAUCAGGGCUAAUCGCACCAAGGAGGACAAGAAGCGAGAGAAGCGCUUGAAAUCACGCAGCGGGUUGGAUGGACUAACUGAGACUUUUGACGACGCAUUCAAGUUCUUGGAUAAAGAUGAUGACAGUGGCAGUGGCCGUAAUAGGGGAGGAGGAGGAUUCAAGAGAAGAAAGAGAAGACACUGA